AUAUAUAAUCUUUCAUUACAAAACUUCAUUCUCUCACAUUACCUCUUUAGCCUUUAAUUUAUCAAUUGCUUAUAGUCUAAAAUAUUUACCAACAAAUUAUGGAUUCAAUUUCAAACCCUCAUGCAAUAUUAGUAUGUUAUCCAUUACAAGGCCAUGUUAUUCCCACAACCCAUCUAGCAAUCAAGCUUGCACAAAAAGGCUUCACUAUAACCUUCAUCAACACUGAGUCUACACACUAUCAGAUCACUCAAAAGAAGGGUAAAACCGAAACUUUUUCUAACGUGUAUCUAGGUCAUCAGGAUCUAGAUAUACGUUAUAUGAUAGUAUCUGAUGGAUUACCAGUAAAUUUCGACCGGUCAUUGAACCAUGAUCAAUUCAUGGCUUCUUUGUUACAUGUAUUCUCAGCUCAUGUUGAAGAAGCUUUGGUGAAAACAAUGGAGUCAAAAAUGGAUCCUCCUGUGAACUGCUUGAUUGCUGAUUCUUUCUUUGUGUUUCCAGGAAAAUUGGCUAAGAAAUAUGGACUUUUAUACAUAUCUUUUUGGACAGAAACAGCUUUGGUUUUUACACUCUAUUAUCAUCUUCAUCUCUUGAAGUUACAUGGCCACUUUGGUUGUAUUGAUUUGUCUGAAGAUCCUAUUGACUACAUACCAGGAGUGAAAUCAAUAAAGCCAAAGGACUUAAUGUCAUAUCUUCAAGAAACAGACACAACCUCAAUGUGUCAUCAAAUUAUUUUCAAUGCAUUUAAGGAUGUAAGAAAUGCUGAUUUCAUCUUAUGUAACACCAUCCUAGAGCUCGAAUCCGAGACCAUAUCAGCUCUACAAAUCGAAAAGCCAUUUUACGCUAUAGGUCCCAUCUUUCCACCCGAGUUCACCAAUAGCGGUGUGAGUACUAGCAUGUGGUUCGAGUCCGAGUGCACCCACUGGCUUGACAUGCAACAACAUGCAACUGUAAUGUACGUAUCAUUUGGUAGCUAUGCUCAUAUUACCAAAAAUGAGCUUCUAGAGAUAGCUUAUGGUUUGUGUUUAAGUAAAGUUGGUUUUAUUUGGGUGAUCCGACCCGAUAUUGUAAGCUCCGAUGAUCCAAACCCGUUACCAGAAGAUUUCGAAAGUGAAAUUUGUGGUGGUGGUGGUGGUCGUGGUUUAGUCGUGCCAUGGUGUUGCCAGAAACGAGUGUUGGCACACUCAGCGAUAGGUGGAUUUUUGACUCAUUGUGGAUGGAACUCGAUACUGGAAGCCAUUUGGUGUGAAGUUCCAAUGCUUUGUUACCCUUUGCUUACCGAUCAAUUCACUAAUCGAAAAUUAGUAGUCGAUGAUUGGAAGAUCGGACUUAAUUUGUGCGAUAAAAAACCUAUCACGAAGGUUGAAAUUUCGAAGAAAAUACACAAUUUCAUGUAUGGAAAAUUAAGUGAUGAGUGUAGAAACGUAAUUAAGAAAGUAAAGAAGACGUUUGGAAAUGCAUUAAGUGCUGAUGGAUCAUCAGAAAGAAAUUUGGAUAAUUUCAUAGGAAAAGUAUGUAAAUAAAAACUAAGUUAUGAAUUUCUUGAAAUUACUAUAUGUAUGAUUGGUAUUCAUUCAAGUUUUAGGAUAUUAAUAUUAUGUAAUUGUUGGUCUUUCUGUGGCACUGUUGAAAUUUGAA